GUACUGUGUGGCGGUGGUCAAGUCACUAAAAAGCUAAUACUAUGUGGAUCGAUGGCUUUCUAGGAUUCGAAUACGCAGGUUUCCGUAUAAAAAUAAAGGCGAGAAUAGUUUAAUUUAAAAAUACACAGGCACGGAAAGUUGGGAGGAAGUGACGUUGAACCCACAGACGGUAUUUCCUGACGGGGUUCCCUUGGUGGCAGCGGGAGACUUGGUGUCAAGUUAAGUCCUGGCACAAAAAAACGGAAGUAGAUUUCUCUUAUUUUGGAAAUGCUAAAAGGCCUUUUACUGACUAUUGAUUUUAGUUAAUGCAUCAGCGAACAAUCAUUGUGUGGAAAUAACUAAAACCACAUCGUACACAAUCUUCUUUCCCCUCCUCAAACGUUUUUACUCAGUAAUAUAAAAAUAAUCAGUGGGUUGUCGAAAUUAUUUUAAAGGGAGUAUUUCGGAAGUCUAAUUUGUCGCUCCUUUCCUAACUUGAUGUCCGGUUAGACUAGGGCGCCGCAUAUCAUUUCACUCACCCGACUGACUGUCGCUGCUGUCAAGGCAGUGGUCGGCGGUGGUGAAGUAUUGCCUUUCUGAUGUAAAAGAGCGGCUGUCACCGCAGAGGACGGGUGAACCGAAUCAAAUAUCGGGCUGAGCCGGAAGAAAUUCAGAAUAGGUCAGCGGGAGGAUUUGCACAACUCUUGGCUUACUUUGGAAACGGCAGCGGCGAUAACUAACCGGCCAAGAGACCCCCCCCCCCCCCCCACACCUCUCUUACGCAGCGGCCCAGUUCCACACACACCAGCUGGGGCAACCGGGAGGCACCGUUUGGACCUUACGUUGGAAGGCGUUCUCUGAGCAGGAACGAUUGGUCUCAGGGUGCCGGGUCAUCCGGGGAGAGAACUCAUGAAUGGAAAGCGGAACAACAGAUGUCCUGUAUGUGCGGUGUUGCAGGAGCCGUUAGUGCCCAAGCCCUUUUUUCAUUGCCGCAGCGUCCCGGCUAUGGCACCGUUGGGAAGCCCAUCAAGCUUCUUGCAAACUGUUUCCAGGUUGACAUCCCCAAGAUCGAUGUCUACCUCUAUGAGGUUGACAUCAAACCUGACAAAUGUCCUCGCCGGGUCAACAGGGAGGUGGUGGACUCCAUGGUUAAGCAUUUCAAGGUGACCAUCUUUGGUGACCAUCUUCCAGUUUAUGAUGGGAAGAGAAGCCUCUACACUGCGAACCCACUCCCUGUUGCCACUGGUGGGGUUGAUUUGGACGUCACCCUCCCAGGGGAAGGUGGCAAAGACCGCCCAUUUAAGGUCACAGUGCGGUUUGUGUCGUUGGUCAGCUGGCAUCUGUUGCAUGAGGUCCUGAUGGGACGUGGCGUCGCUGAACCGCUGGAUCUCGAAAAACCAAUCAGCACCAACCCAGUUCAUGCUGUUGAUGUGGUUCUUCGCCACCUGCCCUCCAUGAAGUAUACCCCUGUCGGCCGAUCCUUCUUUUCCUCCCCAGAGGGCUACGACCACCCGCUCGGUGGAGGAAGAGAGGUUUGGUUUGGCUUUCAUCAGUCCAUACGGCCGGCAAUGUGGAAAAUGAUGCUCAAUAUUGAUGUGUCAGCCACUGCUUUUUAUAAAGCCCAGCCAGUCAUCCAGUUCAUGUGUGAGGUCCUGGACAUUCACAAUAUUGAUGAGCAGCCGCGCCCACUCACUGAUUCCCACAGGGUCAAAUUCACCAAAGAAAUCAAAGGUCUGAAAGUAGAAGUGACACACUGCGGAACAAUGCGUAGGAAGUAUCGAGUUUGCAACGUAACACGGCGCCCUGCAAGCCUCCAAACUUUUCCUUUGCAACUGGAGAACGGUCAGACCGUUGAACGCACGGUGGCACAAUACUUCAGAGAGAAAUACAGCCUGCAUCUCAAGUAUCCCCACCUGCCUUGCCUGCAGGUGGGCCAAGAACAGAAACACACCUACCUGCCCCUUGAGGUAUGCAAUGUUGUUGCCGGUCAGCGCUGCAUUAAAAAGCUGACGGAUAACCAAACAUCCACCAUGAUAAAAGCAACAGCCCGUUCCGCCCCAGACAGACAGGAGGAAAUCAGCCGGCUGGUGCGUAGUGCAAAUUAUGAUGCUGACCCAUUUGUCCAAGAGUUCCAGUUCCACAUACGCGAUGAGAUGGCUCAGGUGACCGGCCGCGUCCUGCCGGCCCCCAUGCUGCAGUAUGGCGGCAGGGUGAGCUCCGAACCCUAUAUGAACCGCACAGUAGCCACACCCAGUCACGGGGUGUGGGACAUGAGGGGGAAGCAGUUCCACACCGGUGUGGAGAUCAAGAUAUGGGCCAUUGCCUGUUUCGCCACUCAGAGGCAGUGUCGUGAAGAGAUUCUCAAGAGCUUUACCGAUCAGCUGCGGAAAAUCUCAAAAGAUGCUGGCAUGCCAAUUCAGGGUCAGCCGUGCUUCUGUAAAUACGCCCAAGGUGCUGACAGCGUGGAGCCGAUGUUCAGACACCUGAAGAACACAUAUCUGGGGCUGCAGCUAAUCAUUGUAAUCCUCCCAGGGAAAACUCCCGUCUACGCUGAGGUGAAGCGGGUUGGAGACACCCUGCUGGGCAUGGCCACUCAGUGUGUCCAGGUGAAGAACGUAGUUAAGACCUCACCACAGACCUUGUCCAACCUCUGCCUCAAGAUCAACGUCAAACUCGGAGGCAUCAACAACAUCCUGGUUCCUCAUCAGCGACCUUCCGUGUUCCAGCAGCCAAUCAUCUUCCUCGGCGCUGACGUCACUCAUCCUCCAGCAGGAGAUGGGAAGAAGCCAUCAAUCGCAGCGGUUGUCGGUAGCAUGGACGCUCACCCCAGCAGGUAUUGCGCUACUGUGCGAGUCCAGAGGCCCAGACAAGAGGUCAUUCAAGACUUGGCCUCCAUGGUGCGAGAGCUCUUGAUCCAGUUCUAUAAAUCCACUCGCUACAAGCCAACCAGGAUUAUCUUUUAUAGAGAUGGGGUGUCCGAAGGCCAGUUUCGACAGGUGCUAUAUUAUGAGCUCCUAGCUAUCAGAGAGGCAUGCAUCAGUCUGGAAAAGGAAUACCAGCCGGGAAUUACUUACAUUGUUGUCCAAAAACGACAUCACACUCGCCUCUUCUGUGCGGAUCGCAAUGAGCGGGUCGGGAGAAGCGGAAACAUUCCUGCCGGUACAACAGUGGACACUGACAUCACCCACCCUCAUGAGUUUGACUUUUACCUCUGCAGUCAUGCUGGAAUCCAGGGCACAAGCAGGCCAUCGCACUACCACGUGCUGUGGGACGACAACUGUUUCACCGCCGACGAGUUCCAGCUCCUGACUUAUCAGCUGUGCCACACAUACGUCCGCUGCACUCGCUCCGUCUCCAUCCCGGCACCCGCCUACUACGCCCACCUUGUGGCCUUCCGUGCACGCUACCACCUGGUGGACAAAGAACACGACAGUGCGGAGGGCAGCCACAUCUCAGGGCAAAGUAACGGCAGGGAUCCUCUGGCGCUGGCCAAGGCCGUUCAGAUCCACCACGACACGCUGAGGACCAUGUACUUCGCCUGAACCCGCCUCAGCUUUCACUCGCCAUGCCAGCGAAGAGCCGCCUGUAUGCAAGUUGACGCCGGCCUACUGUCUUUCUCUCCCCACCCGUUGCGGCACCGCUCCCGCCUCUGCUGUGUUUCAGCACUGAGGAUUUUUUUAUUUAUGUUCACGUUUUAGAGUUCACAGUAGCUUGUUAUGAGUUUGUACAUUGAAGACAUUAGGGAAACCCAAAGCGCCU